AUGCGCUGGAUUGCCAAUUUCAAUGACUUGCAGCUUGACAUUGUCGGUAUCAUUGCGGUGCUGGGAGAAGGAUCCAUAACUCGAAAUGCUCAAGUAACAAGCCUUUCUUGGUGGUCCACGGUACCUAGGCUUAUGCCAGCUCCGCACGCCCUGCUCGAACCUGAACGGAAAUACCGCCUGCCUACAGCUGCUGGAAUCGUCGCCGGAGCGUAUAGCGGCAUGGUGAAAAAGGAAAUCAACUUCUUCGCCCAAUUGCUGCACCCCGAGCCUCUGGAAGAUUACCAGGUUGAGCUUGUCCAGGUUACGCGAAAGGUUGCGCCUGCAGGACCAAAGACACUUCGUUCAUUUGGUCCUAAGAAGUAUGGUCCGCUGUUCUGGGUUUCGAUUGUCGGAAGUGCCAUGGCUCUGGCUUUAAUCGCGCUCUCCAUCUAUUACCACGAUGGCUUCUCCUUGUUGGCUACCAUCAUGCUGUCGAUGGUGAGCUCAUUCGUGGGAUUUGGUACUCACUGGAGUUUGGUCUUCCAAGAACCGAAAGUGGAAAGGGAAGGGAAAGGGGUUAUACCUCGCUCCGAUGUCAUUAUUUACUAUCCCAAUGGAUCAAUUCGAGUAAUUCGGCCGGGCUCCGAACAUAUUGCCCGCCUGUAUUUCCAGACGGAGCAUGCACAAUAUGUGAUUGACGACACUCCGUAUCGUACCCUGGCCCUGUUCUCGACUGUCAUGCUUAUGACAGGAGUGGUGUCUCUGGCGAAUGCAUCCAACAUUCUUCAAGUGGCCUUCGCUGCUUCGUAUAUCUUGUUGAACGUCCUCUACUGGGCUGUCUCUGCCCUAAAACCUUGCAAGUAUCAUUGGCAGCAUGAAUACAAAACCGAAGUCAUGCCGAUACAACAUCUGCAGAAUCAGGAACCUGACGGACUAAUCGUCAUCGGACGGGUCGAGGAGUUCAAAAAGAGGGUCAGAGAUGAAUGGCGUCGAUUCCAAGAGGCCUGGAUAUUGGAGAAAAAGCGAAGUGGGGCCUACAAAAGAGCCGAGACUGUUUUCGAGAAGAACAAGGAGGCAAGAAACUUCACCGGCGCGCUGUGGACUGCCAUCGUUCUGACCGGCACGUCUCAAUGGCUGAAUGAAGCAACCACCAUCGCACCGAUGAACGCUGCCUGGAAAGAGUGGCUGCGCGAAGCUGGCGACCAAGUCCGACCCAGACUCGAGGACGGUGACAGUCCUGGCAGACCCAACGAUGAAUGGGACGGUCGGUUCGAGCCACAUCGCCGGCCGCGUAUUCUGACGGGCCUGGACUGGAGUUUCACGCCUGCGACCAAAGAGAACCUGGGAUCUUCUUCCCGCAAGCGCCGAAUCAAGAUCAAGUCCUGGGAUUACCAGGGCCGGCUCACCGAGAUCCUGCGCAAGCACGCGCCCCAAACGAGGCUGCCCCUUCCAGACGAGAUCCCCGGGGAAGACGCCUCUGCUGCCGCAGCGGCUUCGGAGAAGGACCGCUUGAUACCUGCUGUGGCUGAGGAGGUGUGA